GGCAGUUUCUAAAGGUCGUGCUGCUCCAGCGAAUAUGCGCUCCCACAGGUCCCUGAACUUGACUCUUUCUUCCACACGAGGCGGACAGACCGGGAGCUCUACGCUAAGCACCCUCAGGGCGGGCCGGGACCACUACCGGCCUCGCUGGUUUUGCAGCGCUCCGGGGAUCCCUGGGCUGGAGCGCCCGGGACAGCAGCGGGAGAGAGCUCCUUUGUCCCGACAGCGCGGUCAGGUGACAGCGUCGAGCUUACUCAUCGGGAGACGCGGAAGGACGCGCGCAGGGACCGAGAGCGGCGCGCGGACAUGCGGCCCCAGGCGCUCCCGGCGCUCGGGCUGGCGCUCCCGCUGCUGCUCCUGCCGCUGCCGCCGCCCGCACCCUGCACCGCCCCCCCCGCGCCGCGCUUCGACGCCACCUGGGAGUCCCUGGACGCCCGCCCGCUGCCGGCCUGGUUCGACCAGGCCAAGUUCGGCAUCUUCAUCCACUGGGGGGUGUUCUCCGUGCCCAGUUUCGGAAGCGAAUGGUUCUGGUGGUAUUGGCAAGAGAAAAAGAUACCGACGUAUGUGGAAUUUAUGAAAAAUAAUUACCCUCCUAAUUUCAAAUAUGAAGAUUUUGGACCAUUAUUUACAGCAAAGUUUUUUAAUGCGAGCCACUGGACAGAUAUUUUCCAGGCUUCUGGUGCCAAAUACAUUGUCUUAACUUCCAAACAUCAUGAAGGCUUUACCCUGUGGGGCUCAAAGUAUUCAUGGAACUGGAAUGCUGUAGAUGAGGGGCCGAAGAGGGACCUCGUCAAGGAACUUGAGGUUGCCAUUAGGAACAGGACUGACCUGCGAUUUGGACUGUACCAUUCCCUUUUUGAAUGGUUUCAUCCACUCUUCCUUGAGGAUAAGUCCAGGUCAUUCCAACAGCAACAGUUUCCAGUUUCUAAGACGCUGCCGGAACUCUAUGAGUUAGUGAGCAAGUAUCAGCCGGAGAUCCUGUGGUCGGAUGGUGACGGACAUGCCCCUGAUUACUACUGGAACAGCACAGGCUUCUUAGCCUGGCUGUAUAACAAAAGCCCAGUUCGGGACACAGUUGUGACCAAUGACCGGUGGGGCUAUGGUACCAUCUGUAAGCAUGGCGGCUAUUACACCUGCAGUGAUCGGUACAACCCAGGACAUCUUUUGCCUCAUAAAUGGGAGAAUUGCAUGACAAUAGACAAGUCUUCCUGGGGCUACAGGAGAGAUGCUGGAAUUAAUGAUUAUCUUACAAUCGAAGAACUAGUGAAGCAACUUGUGGAAACAGUUUCAUGUGGAGGGAAUCUUUUGAUGAAUAUUGGGCCCACACAUGAUGGCACCAUUUCUGUAAUUUUUGAGGAGCGAUUGAGGCAAAUGGGGACCUGGCUAAAAGUCAAUGGAGAAGCCAUUUAUGAAACCCACCCUUGGAGGUCCCAGAGUGAUGAUGCUACCCCAGAUGUGUGGUACACAUCCAAACGUAAACAAAAAUUGGUCUAUGCUAUAUUUCUUGAAUGGCCCACAUCAGGACGUCUGUUUCUUAGCCAACCCAUAGCUACUCUGGGAGUAACAAAGAUUAAACUGCUGGGACAUGGACAGCCACUGAACUGGACUUCUUUGAAGCCAAAUGGCUUACUGGUAGAACUGCCACAUCUAACCUUGCAUCAGAUGCCCUGUAAAUGGGGCUGGGCUUUAGAAUUAACUAAUGUGAUCUGAUUUGCAGCAGAGAGGUUCAUGCUGCAGGUACAUUGAAGACUAGAAAAUACCACGUUUCUGUAAUCAUAGCACAUAGAGAAAGCAAUUGUAAAACUGGUCAAGGAAGUCAAGUAAUUAUUUAGGCAAUUCAGCCCUUUCCCCACUUACACCUUAAUAUUUUUCCUAAAUCACCCAUGUAACUGUUUUAACUCUCUGGUGUACUUUGCCAUCAGAGGCUCUUCAUAUUGAAUUUAUUUCCAUGUGUGAUUAAGAGGUGGAAUUUUUUGUUUUACAGUAGCUAGGAAUUGGUGGUGGUAAGGACUAACUGAACUGUGUCUCAAAUUCAUAUGUUGAAGCCCUAACCCCCACUGUGCCUGUAUUUGAAGACAGAGCCUUUGAAGAGGUAACUAAGGUUAAAUAAAGUCAUAAAAGUGAGAACCUAAUCCAGUAUGACUGGUGUCCUUAUAAGAAAAGAGACACUGUGGAUGCAGCACACAGAGGAAAGGCCAUGUGCAGACACAGGGAGGAAGCACCAUCUGCAAGCCAAGGAGAGGGGCCUUAAGACAAACCCAAACUGCCAAACAUUGGGCUCUCAGCCUUUGAAAUUGUGAGAAAAUAAAUUACUGUGGUUUAAGCCACGCAGUCUCUGGUAUUUUGUUAUGGCAACCCUAGCAGACUAAUAUAGGUGAUAGGUAUAUAAUAAAUUUGGCCUAAUACAUAUUUCCAAUGCACACAGUAAUUGUCUUUUUAUAAAAAAAAUUAUUUUUUUCCCUCUUGGUAAUAAAACUGAUAUAUGUUUACUGUAGGUAUUUUAAAACAUACAAAAAUGCUCAAAGCAUUUUGGAAAUGCUAAAGCCACUGUUUAGAUCACCACUAUUAAUAUUUUAGUACAUAUUCUUUCAGGGUUUUUGAGGUGGGGUGGAGGGGGUAUGGGAUUGGAGGUAUAGGCCAAUUUUUGUAGGUGAGCUAAUUUGAGCUCCAAUUUAAAUUAAUAAAUAUGUUUCCUGUAUUUGCCUUCAAGCAAAUUGAAUUUGAAAACCUAGUUGAAAAUUAUGAAUUCUACUCAAAUCUUCCCUAAGAAUGAAGCAAAAUAAUGAAGUAAAAAUAAUAUUGAUUUUGAUGUAAAUUUAAAGAAACACUGAUUAGAGAACUCGCUCUCCUCAACAAAAGAUGUUUAAUUGGCCAGAUCUUUAUUUGAAGUACUGCAGGUUCCAUUUUGUUACAUUAAUCAAAUGCAGACAUGUCACUGUUUCCAAAAAAUGCUUCAAAUAGAGAAUGAAAUCAAAGUACAUAUUUAUUUCCUAAAAUCAUGCUAACAUUGAAAACUUUUAAAAAAAUUACGCAUUGUUGAAGUUCCUAAAAUCACCAAUUUUUGAAACCAUGCCAAAGUAUUUACAUAUAUAAAUAUGUUAAUAGUUCUAAAUCCCAAUUAAUAUUUUAUUAGAGAUCCAGCUUGGAUAGAUUUAUAUGAUCCCAAACACUAUACUAAGCAAAAACAAAAACUGGAAGUUUAGUUAUUUGGUAGCUAUGAGGGAGCUAAAUGACAAAAUACAGUUCAGCAUUUAACCCAACUAUAUAAAAAAAUAUCUGUGAUAUGAGGGCAAGAACUAUAGUAAGGAUAAUUAGAAAUCAGACCUCUCAUUACCAAAGCCAAUAGUUUUUAUCCUCCCAUCAAAUAAUCCUUUUCCCAGAGUUCUUAAAUAGGUACAAAAUAGCCUGAUUUGAAUUUCAGUACCUUCUGAUUUUCCUUUAAUGACUAGAGAAAUAUUGAAGGCAAAGCCAACUAGAUUAUUAGACUGAAUAAUGUAGACAUUGAUAUUUUAAAUAUGGAUACCACUUUAAUAAGAUUCUAUCUCAUUUUCUUAUGAGUGUCAUAUUCAAGCAACACAAUUACUCUAAAAGAUCAGGCUAUUCAACUGAAUAUGAUUCAAGACAACAGAAGAUAAGACAGACGUUUUGCCUUCUGUUCAUUUCAGUUUUGUAAGUGAAAGACCUGGUUAGAUAAAAUCUUCCUACCUUCCAAGCAAAUAAAAUAAAUGGUCUUAUCAAAUUUUUAUAUAUACAUAGUAACAAACAUUUAUACAAGUUUGAAGGAGAAAAAGUAGAAGCAGUUUUAAGUAAUCUCCAUUCAGCCAAUUUACUGGGUUAACUGAUGCUCUCCAUCUCCUUGGAAAAGCAUACAGAUGAUUGGUUCCUAGGGCAAGCUACAUGCUUUCAGUUAAUAGACUUCUUUCUGUCUGGCACACCCUUUACUUCGAUUUCUACUUGUUGCAACAUAUGUCUACCAAGCUGAGUUGAGUUUGUGACUAUAGUGGGUUGAAUAGUAUUUCCCAAAAAUUCAUGUUCACCUGGAAGCCAAGAACGUGAUCUUGGAAAUGGUGUCUUUGCAAAUGUAAUUAAAGUUAAGUGUUGAGAUAAGAUCAUACUAUACGUAAGUGGGUCCUAAAUGAGAGUAUCCUUGUAAGAGAGAAAGAAAACAGACACACAGAGAAGGCCACGUGAAGACUGAGAGACUGGAGUUUGCUGCUAUAAGACAAGGGACACUUGGGCCACCAGAAGCUGGGAGAGCCAAAAAAGGAUUGAAUGGUCUUCCCUAAGGAAGCAAGGUGGGAGCAAGAGGGAGCACGGUCCUGCUGACACCUUGAUUUUGGACUUCCAAGUACCAGAAUGGUGAGAGGAUAAAUUUCUGUUGUUUUAGGUCACUCAAUUAGUUAUAAUUCAUUACAGUGGCUCUAGGAAAUUAAAAGUUAUCAAACAAACUGAUUAUGCCAGUUGAACUUUUUAUCAUGAUUAUACAAACUGUCAUAACAUGAGUUUGAAGAGUUGUAGUGUCUGCAAAAAGCAAGCUGAACUUUGGAAAGACUAGAUAAAAGUGUGUUGCUUUUUUUAGGGGAGCUUGGCUGGCUGUCAAAGGAGCAUGUGACUCUUGAUGUCGGGGUUGUGAGUUUGAGCCCCACAUUGGGUAGAGAUUACUUAAAAAUAAAAUCUUAAAAA